UCGGCCGCACUCUCCCGGGUUCCUCUGUUCCAGGCGCGCCGUCCCCCGGGCUCCGGCGGGCUGGUCUCCCGGUCCGUGCAGGGGUCCGCUAGGGCGAGCGGAGCAGCAGUCCCAGGAAAGCGUUGCUGGGAGUGCCCGCGCUCCGCUGGAUCCGCUACCGUCUGGGUGGGCACCGCUAUCCUCAUGGCCGCCAUCAAAGCACUGCAGGACUGGUGCCGGCAGCAAUGCGAAGGCUACCGGGACGUGAGCAUCACCAACAUGACCACGUCGUUCCGCGACGGCCUGGCCUUCUGCGCCAUUCUGCACCGCCACCGGCCCGACCUUAUAGACUACAAUUCUCUCAAGAAGGAGAACAUUUACGAGAACAACAAUCUGGCUUUCCGUGUGGCUGAGGACCAGUUGGGCAUCCCUGCCCUGCUGGACGCGGAGGACAUGGUUGCCCUGAAGGUGCCUGACCGGCUGAGCAUCCUCACCUAUGUGUCUCAGUACUACAACUACUUCCAUGGACGCUCCCCCAUCGGCGGCUUGCAUGGUGUGAAGAGGCCCUCGACCAGCCCUGAAGAGGAACCUUCUGGAAAGAAGACCAUAUCCCAGCCUUGCCGGCCCUCUCCCCCUCCAGCCCGAGCGCAGCCCCUAACUCCAGUCAGAACAAACCCCAUUGUGCAGCAGAAGAAGGGGGGCGCAGAAGGUUCUCCCCUAAAGGCUGGCCUGGCCUCGGUGGGCGGCUCUGUCAGCAGCACCUGUGGAGUCUGCGGGGAGCACGUGCACCUGGUGCAGCGGCACCUGGCGGAUGGGCAGGUCUACCACCGCAGCUGCUUCAGGUGUAAGCUGUGUUCUAACACGCUGCACUCAGGGGGCUACAGGCCCACAGGAGAGCCUGGUGUCUUCAUCUGCAACCACCACCCCCCCAAAGCUACCUCUGCAAGCCCCAAGUUGCCAGGCUCAGCCUCCAGACGGCCCGAGGCCACCCCUACAGACUCCAGGACCCCCAGCACCCCAUGGAAGGUGAACGGGAAGAGAGACCCAGAGCCGAAGGCCAGGUUCCCGGCCCGGGAGCCAUCAGUGGGCAACUCAACUGCCAAAGGCUUCUAUCCAGCUGCGACUGACCCGCCAGCCAACACCUCCUCACGCAUCCAUGUGGGAAGCCCGCCUGAGCUCAGGCUCUCCUCGGGCACCGUGGGCGGCAAAGCCAGCAUGCAUGUGACCAACAGCUCCCCAACAGGAUGGUCAUCGCCAGCACAGGACACGGCAGCAGUGAGUCCCCGACCUGCCACGACCCCAAGUGCUCUGGACACUCGCCCAGCCACGACACAAGGCCGGGCAGCCCCCCAGACCAAGUUUGGGUCAAGUUUAGUGUCUCCAGGCCCAGCGGAUGCCUCAACCUGGACCACAUCAGCCUCUAAGACGCAGCAGGCCCGGGAGAAGUUCUUGCAGAUGACCGGAGUGUCUCCUAGCCCUGGUGCAGACGGCAGGGUCCCAGCACCAGCGGACCAGGCCUCCCCGGACAGCAGCAAGGAACAGGCACUGAGCUUCCUUAGGAGGGCCCUUCCAGGGUCCUCAGAGGCUGGCAGGCCCUUCCCAGCUUCCUCCCCUGCUCAGAAUUCUCAUUCCAGAACUGACGGGCCACGAGCAAGUCCUGCAGCCAAGGUGUCACAGUCGCUGUCUCCCCAGGCCCCUCGCCCCACUGUGAAGACUGAGCCACCGGCCCCUGUGAGAGCCGGCACCUCCUCACAGGGACCCACACCACCCGAGACAGGCAGGAAGAGCUCGGCUCUGUCCUCAGGAGUCGGCUGGGCAGGCGCAGGCUCCAAGCUGAAGCCAGAGGUCCCGUUGGCAAAGGGUCCCAGCGCCAGUCCCCCGGAAGAGCAUGUGGAUGCGCCAGCAGGGUGGAGGGCCCGCCUGAAGCCUGUGGAUAAGAAACACUCCAACAGGAGGGCACUGGAGCUGAAGGAUCCCUUGCCAAAGGAAGGCGAUGCACCCCAGAUGGUGUCAGGGGGCUCCAAGGGGAGCAUCUCUGUCACCCUGACACCACCACAGUCGGCCAGUCUCUCAGUGUCAUCCUCAUCUCCGUCCCAGUCCCUGUCCCACCGCAAGAAGCUGACUGUCCCUGCCAACUUGGAUAUUUCCGGUGACCGGCUUCUGCCCAAGCCCUCGGGGCAGCAAGCCGGGGGCUGGAGGGAGGAGAAGUCCCAUUCUUGGGGUGAUCCAGGGAGGCCUCCAUGGUGGGAGGGCCUAGCUGAUGUCAAACCACAUGGCAAAGCAGUGACCUCCCCCGUCAGGUUGCACCCUGACUACAUCCCUGAGGAAGAGAUCCAGAAGCAAGUGCAGAAUAUCGGGGUGCAGCUAGAUGCCCUGGAGCUCAGGGGUGUGGAGCUGGAGAAGUGCCUGCGGGCAGCAGAGGGAGAUGAGUCUGAAGAUGCCCUCAUGGUGGACUGGUUCCGACUGAUCCACGAGAAGCAGCAGCUGCUCAGGCUGGAGUCGGAGCUGAUGUACAAGGCCAGGGACCAGCACCUGGAGGAGCAGCAGCUGGACAUCCAGGAGGAGCUGCGCCGGCUGAUAGACCGGCCUGAGGCCCUGAAGUCCCCUCAGGACCGGAAGCGGGAGCAGGACCUGCUGGAACAGUAUGUGAACACUGUGAAUGACCGCAGCAAUAUCGUUGACUUCCUGGAUGAAGAUAGACUGAGAGAGCAAGAGGAGGAUGAGAUGCUGGAGAAUAUGAUCCAGAAACUGGACCUGCAGAGAAGCGGCGGGGAGCAGAAGAAGAAGCGCAAGUCCUUGGUCAGGUUCUUGUCCCGGAAGGGCAGUAAAAAGACCUGAGUGAGCACUGCUGCGGCUGCAGAGCCCUCGCCUGUGGCUGGAUGGGUGCUGUGGCAGAGGAAGCGGGCAGGGGCGCCUGCAGCUCCUCCUUGCGGGGCUGAGCGGCCUCAAUAAAGAAGGUGACACGGGG